AUGACCUUCCAAAUAAAGCAAGAAAUCGCAAGUUGUGGUGGAAAGCUCAUGAAGUUGAGCCAUCCUUCCAAGAAAACUGGCACUGAAAUGGAAGUCAACGUGUACCUGCCUAAGCAGUACUUUCACAAGCAAGACCAAAGCAUUCCUGUGCUGUACUAUCUUUCGGGUCUGACUUGUAGUCCCCAAAAUGCUUCGGAAAAAGCAUUUUGGCAACCUCAGGCAGAUAAGUAUGGUUUUGCGCUAGUAUUUCCAGAUACCUCUCCCCGCGGCGAGGGCGUCCCUGAUGAUCCAGAAGAAAGCUGGGAUUUUGGUAUCUCUGCCAGUUUUUACGUGGACGCUACGCAAGAGCCUUAUAAAAAGAACUACCAGAUGUUUUCAUACAUUCACGACGAGCUGCCUCGCGAACUGAGCCAGUUUUUCGAAAAUAAGGGCAAUAGUAAACUUGAUUUUGUUGAGAACGUUGCGAUUACUGGGCAUUCGAUGGGUGGCUUUGGCGCGCUGUCAGCAUUCUUGAAGCUCUACCCGGAGAGGAAAUACAAAUCAUGCUCUGCCUUUGCGCCUAUUACAUUUCCAUCCAAGGUCCAAUGGGGUCAAAAAGCUUUUGGGGGCUACCUCGGUCAGGAAGAAGAGAAGUGGAAACCUUAUGAUCCAGGCCACCUUCUCAAAAUGACGACUAACAUCGGGAGCGAUAAGAUUUUGAUACACCAGGGGACAGGCGACCCAUUUUACAAGAAUCAACUCAAGCCAGAAUUGCUUCUGGAAGCUUCCAAAGGUACUUCGUGGGAUGGGAAGAUUAAUCUCAAUCUGGUGGAGGGUUUUGACCACUCUUACUACUUCGUGAGCACUUUUGUUCCGGAGCAUGCUGAAUUUCAUGCUAAAAACCUUGGACUUAUUUGA